AUGAUUAAAUUCACCUCGAUUUGCUUCUGCCUAUACGCGUGUUCAUCCGAGAUAUUUGCAUUUCCAGUUAGUGCAAGCGAUACGAAAUUCGUGCUGGUUCCCAUCAGUUUAUCCAAUUUCAACUCGAAGCCGAGAGGUCCGCUGGACUUCAUUGGGAACUGGAUCCAAUCCUCAAACUUUUUCCCGGUGGAGAUCAACGUGCCGGACACCUUCGCUACGGUGGGGGGCACAGUGGGCGGCUGGGCUACCAACUUGGGGGGCAUCGCCCAGAACGUCGGCUCGACUUUCCAGGGGCUCACUCAAAACGUGGGCUCCGGUAUACAAAAUAUCGCCCAAACUAUCACCCAAAGGUUACCGUUUUUGGCAGCCAUAGUGCGCCCCCCUGGGGCCUCGACGCAGCGAUUUGUUCUGUUAAUACCGGCGCAAGGGCUCGAGGGGAAGGAUAAAAUGGAUUUUAACGCGAAUUCGGAAUUGCUUGAAAUAUUUCCUUAG